AUAAUUGAAGUUGAUUUCAAGAGACUGUUUAAAUUAAUUUUAUAGUACUACCUGCAUAAAGCACGUAGCUCGUAAACCAAAAAUACUUAAGUAAAUAUUAAAUAUUAAGAUAAGUAAGUAUCUUAAUUGACGUAGUCUGAUUAAAUAUUAUUAUAGUAUUUAAGUUUUUUAUAUAAUACAUCUUUCCAUUAGGAUAUAAUUAUUUCAACUAAUUUAAAAACAACUAGAAAUCAUUAUCAUUAAGAGUCAUUUGAUUUGCAGUUAUAUAAAUAACCAUGGACAUUGGCGGUAGAGGAAACGACAACAACUCUAGGGAAAAUGUAUUCCUGGAAGAAGAUAUUAAAUUUAAAGAUCCAUUCGCACUUUUCGAAGAAUGGUUCACUUUGGUCAAAAACGACCCUAGAACUUUUGAACCAAAUGCGAUGUGUUUAUCAACAGUCAACAAGGAUGGUUAUCCUUCAGCCAGAUUCGUUCUUUUAAAGGGCUACAACAAUGACGGAUUCAGAUUUUUCACUCACUACACCAGCAGGAAAGGACAAGAAAUGGCGGAAAACCCCAAUGUGGCUCUUACAUUCUACUGGGAACAUUUUCGCAGAUCUGUGAGGAUUGAAGGUGUUGCAGAAAGGUUGCCUUUUUCAGAGGCAGAUAAUUAUUUCAAGACAAGACCUUAUCAAAGUCAAAUUGGUGCUUUAGUAAGUGACCAAAGUAAACCAAUUGAAAGCAGAGAUGUUAUGACUGAGAAAAAGAAGACUUUGAUGGAAAAAUACAAAGGGGAGGCACCUAGACCUCCACUGUGGGGUGGCUACAACGUGAGACCUCACACAAUAGAAUUCUGGCAAAGUCAAACUGACAAGUUACAUGAUAGAAUUAGGUUUCAGUUGAAAGAAAAGAACCUAGAUGAUAAAUAUGUAAAUGAGGGCGAAAAUGGUUGGGUAUAUCAGAGAUUAGCGCCGUAAAUAAAACAAUAAUUUCAUUGCAA